AUGAAGGCAAUUGUCAUAGACGAGUUUGUCACAAAACUUGAACAGAUCCAUACCACUGAGGUCCCAACGCCAACGCCAGCGCAAGAUGGUUUCCUCAUCGAGGUCGAAGCGGCAGGAGUGAACUUCGUGGACAUCCUCUACGCCCAAGGAAAGCAUCAGAACAACCGCUCACUCGUUCGUCCUCCUUUUACUCUCGGCCUGGAGCUCGCCGGGACCGUCCUCUCGGCGCCCUCGCGCUCCAUCUUCAAGCCUGGCGACAAGGUCUUCGCCGGCCACACGGGAGCAUACAGCGAGGUCAUCGCCCUCCCCUCAACUGCUGUCGUGCGCCGGAUCCCUUCUUCGUGGGACGUCUCCGGCGCGGCCGGGAUAGCCGCCACCCUUCCCGUUGCCUACGGAGCCUUCGUGAGGGCUGGUUUACAGCCUGGGCAGACUGUCCUCGUUCAUGCUGCGGCAGGUGGUCUGGGUACCAUGGCCGUCCAAGUUGCCAAGGCCAUGGGCUGUCGCGUCAUCGGAACGGCGGGUUCCGCGGAGAAAUGCGCCGUAGCGAGGAAAUACGGUGCUGAGGCCUGCAUCAACUACUCCGAUGAAAAGGAAUGGUGGAAGCGAGUGCUCGACCUGACUGGGGGCGAUGGUGUCGACGUUGUUUUUGACCCCGUCGGCCUGCUCAACUUGUCUUUGAAAUGCACGGCUCAUUUCGGGAAGCUUCUCAUAGUUGGAUUUGCUGGCGGCGAGAUUGAGAAUGUCCCUGCGAAUCGCCUGCUGUUGAAGCAGGCGUCUCUGAUCGGAUACCGUUUCGGCGAAACUUUGCGGCGAUCACCGGAGGAGGACGAGGUGCUAUGGAGCGGUCUGCAAUCCUUGAUCGACUCGGGCGCCGUCGUCCCUGUCGUGUAUGAUACCCGUUAUAGCGGACUCGACAGCGUCCCGCAGGCUCUCCAAGACAUGAUGGACAGGAAGGUGUGGGGGAAAGCCGUCAUCACAGUGAAAGAAGUAGCCGAGGCCCGGCACGGAGCAAGACUGUAA